UAUGUGCUCAAGAUGGCGGAGCAAGGCCAACAAGACUUUAACAGGAGUGCUUUAACGAUGCGACAUGAACGGGCUUGGUACACGGGACAACGAGCAGAAAAGAUCCCUGGAGGAUUAGUGGGUGUUGUCGGUGAUAAUUGUAGGAGCUUAGAUCUUUCUUACAAUGAACUAACCUCUAUCACUGCCGUCAAAUACUUCCAAAGGUUACAAGAACUGGUUCUCGAUAAUAAUAAACUUCGGGACUUGAGGACAUUGCCCCAUAUAUCGACAUUAAGUACCCUCAGUUUGAACAACAACAAGAUAACCGACAUAUACAGUGCGUUGAAAAGGAUACAAGAAUGUUGCCCAAACGUGGUGUACGUUAGUCUGCUAGGUAAUCCAGGGUGCCCUGACCAGUUGACUAAUCCAACCUUAACCGAUGAUGAGGAUUACAAUCGGUACAGAUUAUACGCAAUACACGUGUUACCUUCAACUGUCCGUUUCCUCGAUUCGCGUCUGAUAACACGACAGGAACGAAUGGACGCUAAAAUACGAGGAAAAUAUUCGAAGACCGUAAAACUGGCUUCAGAAUUAUCAUCGAAAGUCGUUUCGAACCCAGUCGAAGAGUUCGACGAUAUUUUUUUCAACAUUCAUUAUACACCUUUGCCUAGGUCGUUACGCGAUCCUCUUGACCACAAAGGAGCGUUUGGGAAAUGCAGGCGUCGAUAUUCCGGGAAAAACUCUGAAGGAAACCGGUUUAUCUUAAAUGACGAUCUUUGAACACAGACUAAGUAAGCCGAAGUAUCCCUUGGAUAUCAGUUCUGAUCCUGUUUUUUUUCUUCAGUAAAUGACGAAAACAACUAUCAGGCUCGUAGAGUAAAGAUUGAUUGAAAUAAUGCACAAAUAUUUCUUACUCCUUCCAUAUUUUGUUUCUUUUUUACAUAAAAAUCUCAUCUACGUGCCUGAUGAUGCAUUUGUUUGAAUUAGUACCUGCUAGAUGUUAACUUUUUAU